AUGAAGGUGAAGGAUGGAAUUUUGACAUCAAAAUUGUGUAGGCCAACAUCAUUUGGCGUAGUUAACAAUACAUGGAGAAUAUUCACGUACAAGGAGUUGCAUGCGGCUACCAACGGAUUCAGUGAUGAUAACAAGCUUGGUGAAGGUGGUUUUGGAAGUGUGUAUUGGGGAAGGACCAGCGAUGGUCUUCAGAUAGCGGUAAAGAAACUGAAAGCAAUGAACUCAAAGGCCGAGAUGGAAUUUGCUGUAGAAGUUGAAGUUCUUGGAAGGGUUAGGCACAAAAACUUGCUGGGUCUUAGGGGCUAUUGUGUUGGGGAUGAUCAACGGCUCAUAGUAUAUGAUUACAUGCCAAAUCUCAGCCUGCUUUCUCAUCUCCAUGGCCAGUUUGCAGUUGAUGUGCAACUUAACUGGCAGAGGAGAAUGAACAUUGCAAUUGGCUCUGCAGAAGGCAUUCUGUACUUGCACCGUGAGGUGACACCCCACAUCAUUCACAGGGACAUCAAAGCUAGUAACGUGCUUCUGAAUUCAGAGUUUGAGCCUCUAGUUGCAGAUUUUGGGUUUGCAAAGCUAAUCCCAGAAGGAGUUAGCCAUAUGACUACCCGUGUGAAGGGUACAUUGGGAUACUUGGCACCUGAAUAUGCGAUGUGGGGCAAGGUCUCCGAAAGUUGUGAUGUUUAUAGCUUUGGAAUUCUGCUCUUGGAACUUGUAACUGGUAGAAAGCCCAUAGAGAAGCUCCCUGGUGGGCUAAAGAGAACGAUAACCGAGUGGGCCGAGCCUCUAAUAGCGAAAGGAAAGUUGAGGGACCUGGUUGAUCCAAAACUGAGAGGGAACUUCGAUGAAAACCAAGUAAAACAAGCAAUCAAUGUGGCUGCUCUUUGCGUGCAGAGUGAGGCCGAGAAACGACCCAACAUGAAGGAAGUUGUUAACCUUCUUAAAGGGUUUGAAUAUGAAGAGAAGAAAGUGACUGUGACGAGGAUAGAUAGUAUCAAGUAUGAUGAAGAACUAUUGGCACUUGAUCAGCUUAGCGAUAAAGACCAUGACGAUGCAACUGCUAGUUAUGGUGUUUUCAGUGCCAUUGAAGUCCAAAAGAUGAAGGAUCCAUAUAAACGAAUGGGCUAA